ACAGUUUGGUUUGUGCACGCUGCCAACGUGAGUUUAGUCGUUUCUUUGGUCGGAACACCUUAGAGGACAUAGCAGGAGAGUUCAAAAGCCAAGGAGAAAUCAUAUUGCUGUUGAGUACUGGUUCUCACAUCGAGUCAUAAACUCUUGGAACCGACUCCCAGAAGAAGUGGUGUCUGCAACCUCAAUUGAUUCGUUCAAGAAGGGUUUGGACAACCACAGAAAUCUACUAGAAAAGGAUUAACAUAGGCUGCAAGCCUUCUAUCCUCAACCAAUAAAUCUGAAAAUCUGUUUUACUCUUGAAUAUAUAGGGGUAAUGUUUCCAGUUGUACUUUGUAGAAGCCAUGUGGAUACCUCCAGUUUGUGAUAACCCUCCACCUCUUAAGAUUGAAGAUGAGCUGCUUCCUUCAACACUUGGGACCAAAACGCCUACUGUCUCUGCCUCCAGUAGUUCAAGUAGUGACAAUCAAGAGAACUCACAAUAUCAGGCAGCGAAUACUAGAAUCAGAUCUCAAUUCUAUCCUGUUCCGGUAAUCAUUAGUUUAUUUGUUUUUUGUUUGUUCUAUUGUGAGCGUGUUGCUGAGAUUGACCUUUCGCGAGUUGAUAUGUGUAAAAUGAUUUAAUGAUUCAAUUCAGUUAGGUGACUUGAUUCCCAGUUGAGUCGUCUGUAUGGAGAAGUAUUACAUCCUAGUGGGUACUCAGCGUUUCAUAUAUGUCUCUGAAAAUGUAGGCAUGUUUGUUUCAGACAGGAGGACUAGUUCGUCAAUGUAUCUACUAUUAAGUAGUCUUAUGGAUACCAAGUAACUGUUGUUUAGAUUAAAUUGCACGAUUAUCCGUGUGGUCUAGAGUUGACGGGAUUCAUAAAAUUCACUGUAGAAAAUUUAGAAGUGAAGGCGUUCACUUGGUAGAUUAAGAAUCUGGAUUAACGAUCGUAUUGAUCAGCUAUAUGAAAACGUAGAUUUCGUCAUGAGUUUGGAGAGUGGUACGUGAUCAUGACUAUAUUUUCGAUGGGAAUUCAUGUAGAAGGCUUCUGACCAUUGUUUUGCCGCCCAAGAUGAUUGAGACUUUGUGUUCAGUGAUUUUGUCUCCAACUGCCAUGCCACAUUUUCAAGAAAGGAUUUGAUAGCGGUUGUGGUAUUUAGGUUAUGGAGGACCGAAUACUCACCUCCUGAAGUACUUAGUGUUUAUAGGCAUUGUAGAAAGUCGGUCUUUGAUUGUGAAUAUUUGGUUUCAGUUUUAUCCAGGUGAAUUAAAUGUUUUUGACCACUCUGAUUUCUAGCGUGCCAGAUGCUUGUCGUCUCCAUAUCAAGUCUUACCGUCUUGCGGAACAACAGUGUAUUUGUAUACGUGGACUGUUCCUGCACCUGAUGUCGUUGCCGACCUUUGCUGUGUGGCGAAGACUUGUUUUGCAAAGGCAGACGGAGCUAUUGGGCUUUUGUUUUCGAAACCGAUUUCCAAGGUGAUUCUAAGCAUUUUUUAUGAACAGUUAUCUCUGAGUGAAUACUUUGUUUUGUCUCGUUUCCCUGUGAGGUGUUAUUUCACAUAUGUGUUUGAGUGGGGACCUCUUUUAUCCUUGUGGACCCGAAUCUUCACUACAGGAUGCAGCGUUGAAUGUGUUGUUUGAUAUCACCAGGACUGUAUUAAAUUAGAAUAGUGAAAGUAAUAACUUUCUUGAUCUGAGAAGUCAGUGAAUUACAAAGAGGAAUGAGACGACGUCAUUACACCUUGAUUAGUACUUCUGUUGAGUAGUGAUGGAGAAACCUCACUGUGAUAGUUAUCUAAUUUCACUGACAACUAGCUAGCUGGCUGAGUCCACUAAAUCAUGUAUUCUCGUUGACGACAACAUGAAAGAGGUAAUUGACUAAUGGUUGGCACUGUAAAGAGUCACUUUCAAACGUACCCUGAUGAAUAAGCCUAAUGACCCUAGUCAAUAUGUAAGGGUGACCACUCCAACUGAAUUUGAGUCUUCAUCUUGUUUGGAAGGACACUGGCACAAUGGUGGACAAUUCUGCCAAGCUCGACUUUCCACGGCUGAUAUACUUUUGCUCACUUGAGUCUUCUUUUGUUGUGUCUGCACCGUGUGCCAUUGGAUUUUGGUGUCAAAUGCAUACACUUAUCUAUUGGAAUAUGUGGAUAAACACUUCUUCGAAACGUGUUUUGUUAAGCCAAUGUUAUCUGACAAAUAUGUGCAGGAAGUUGGGAAAGGUAAUGUCUCAAAAUUAUCCUAAGAUCAUUUUCCUACUUUUCCGAUCUUGAGUUUCAAUAAUUCGCGGUUAAUACACUUAUUAUGCAUUCUGGGAUUGUGUCCUAUCGCUUUCCGCACACAGAUAUUACUCAAGAUUCUGAGGUUGUGGAGCAUCUCCAUUUGCUUCCACAGGGUUGACAUGUUAGAUAUUAGUUAUUGAUUAUGGCUCAUAACAUAGUACAUGGAGAAAAUUGUGCACAAGGCAAGUCAGUUACCAGCUUUACGAAGUAGGGUAGUUAGUUUUACUUGAGUGUGGAGUGUUUGGAUACAUUUGUAACCUCCUGCACAUUGUUGACUUCAUAUGAUUUGACACAGUCUGAAAUUAUAGCCAGAAUUACUAAGUAAGAAAGCUAGAGUAUCUUUGGUGUUCUUUUCUUUUUGUAAACAGAAAGAAUAUGUUUGUCGAAUUCCCUUGUAUUUGACACGUGGUAUGGCUCGUUCGCGUGUCCGAUUGGUUGGGAAGCUUACACUUAGUCAACGGGAAUUGGACAGCAUAAAGUCAGCUCACUCAGUGAUAUGUGAACUGAUUACAAAUAUAGCCCAUUUGUCACAUGUUGGUCACAAACCAUCGAGUCAAGCUCUUUGCGAUCUUAUGGAGAAAGAGAAACAUUCAAAUGAAAUUCCUGAAAGUGUUCGUGUUACAGUUACCGACCGAUUUACUGAUAUGUUGUUCAGUCCUGAGAAAGCUAAUAUUCUGGCAUUGAUGACGUUAAUUCAGUUACCAGCAUGUACUAUAGAUCAUAAAGCCAUUGAGAGUCUAUUGAAUUGGUCAAUUUGUCGUACAAAUUCAUUCUCUUCGGACAUUGAAGACAGCAUUAAUGGAUCAGUGAAGAUCAAACCAGUCCGUGGUAUUUUGCCCAGUUGGCAUGUCAGGCUGAAUCAAAUACCUGCAGAAGAUUGGGUUGGUUUAGUAGUCAGGCCUAUCCACCUUCCAGAUAGCGAUCCUAGUAUGUUUUUGAUUUCAGAAGUUUGUUCAGAAACUCCUGUAAGUUGUGUUCCGCAGUAUUUGGCUUCGAAAGUUUGUAACACAGAAAAUGUUGAAGAAGUAUCAGUAAUGACCUAUUUCGAUUUCUACAAAAUGAAGUGUCCGCUGAUGAGAGGUCUAGCCAUUGAUAUUUCAAUGCCAUUGUGCAAGGCGUCACGACUCACGCGUCAUCAAAGUUGCACCCAAGUUACUGCUGGUCUGCGAAGGAGUGAGUCACUUCCAAGACAGUCAGUGUUUGUGUGUGAAGGGUGUUUAGUACACCCAUUAUCUUCGUGGCUUUGGUUUCUGGUGUCCACGAUACCUGCAGUUCUUUAUCAGAUGACGAGAGCAUUGUUGGCAUCAGAGUUGUUCACAGAUUUGGCAGCUGAGUUAAAGAAUCCCCAACCAUGCUGUCAAAGGACGCACCUAUCCAGUAUGACAGAUGAUUCUCUUUCUCCUGUGACCAUUUUUGUGCCUGACCGUCUACGUGACGCUGAUUUCCCAAACGGCAAAGCGAUUAACGCAACUAAACUUGAUUUUAAAGUAGAUAAACUAACUUCAGAAGAAGAUCGGGAGAUGGAUGAUGUGGCUGCAAGUGAAUACAAGGGCGUUGCAACUGUUUGUCCUCAACCCAGUGACUUGAUUGAGCCAACUACGCUGUUGAGUGCUCGUGAUGCAGUGAAUCUCGAGCGUUUAGAAUUUUAUGGUGAUUCGUUUCUUCAUUUGAUAUCUACACUGAGUGUUUACGGCACCAGUCCACAGGAUGCUGAUGAAGGAUACUUAACCUGGAAAAGAACUUCACUUAUAUCAAAUGCUCACCUUUGUGAUAUUGCUCGAGGUCUGGCAUGGUAUAGAUAUUGUACUGGUCAAAUAUUCUCUCCGUCAAAACAUUUUGUACCUCCGUGCUACACUGUUUCAUCUGAGGUUUCUGAUUGUGAUACUCGUUUAUAUACUCGCCUAUGUGACAAAUCCUUAGCAGAUAUGGUGGAAGCCUUGUUAGCAUGUUUUUUGGUGCACAUUGGGCUGCCAUCGUCUGUAAAUCUCUUACACUAUCUCCAAAUAUGUCCAGUGAAUUGGGAUACAAUUAAGUGUGACGAAAAAUAUAGGAUUGAUGCUCCAUGGCAUUGCCUUCUUCACUCAGAAAGUGAUAUUGCUAGCAGUUCAAAUUCCAGACGCCACCUUCUCCGUGUAUCAUCACAGAAUUCACUGACCACUUGCAAAUAUCAAGAUCUCAAUGAGAAAUAUUUUGAUUUACAAUUGAAAUUGGAUUAUCGCUUUAGAAAUAUUGAAUUACUUGCUACAGCUAUGACACACCAGUCAUCAACUAACACAGAGUACUGGGGAAAUUAUCAAAGAUUGGAAUUUCUCGGUGAUUCGGUUAUGGGUUUCAUUGUGAGCAAUCACCUGUUCAGAAAGUGUCCUCAUGCUUCUCCAGGUAAACUGAGCGAAAUGCGAUCCACAAUCGUGAGUAAUAACAAUUUGGCCGACACUGUAGUCGAGCAUCAACUAUAUGAAUUUAUUGACUCUGGGGUUUGUGAUAUAAAGCCGUGCAUUGAUGAGAUACAAAGUAUUCAUCAUCAAACCGAUUCGAUUUGUGAACGUAUCGAGCUACUGAUGAAGAAGGUUGUUGAGGGAUUGAAUGUCAAAAUUUUGGCCGAUGUAUUUGAAUCAAUUCUCGGGGCGAUUUUUGUGGAUAGUAACGGGAAUCAUGCUGUGUUAUCAUCAAUUAUUUUACGAUUCUUAGGCAGAAGUAUUAAUUAUUGGAUUGACAAACUACUGAAGAAUCCAAAUCAGCAACUUCAUUCAUCGCAGUAUAUGAAGGUUGCGGAAUGUGAAGUCAGUGAAAAUAUCAAUCUGUCAAACUAACGCUAAUGCCCUUCAUCAAAAUUUUCUUUUGUAAAUUAAGAAAAUAUUUAAUAUACUCUUCAUUUCUA